CGAGUAAAGUCCGUAGCGGAGAGCAGAACGCAAUUUUUUUCUCGCGAGUUUAUUUUUAAUAACAAAAAAAAAAACUUUGCCCUUCCGUGCGGCGUGCACGGCAGCUGUGUUGUGUUGUUGAGUUGUUAAAUUUGCUCCAGGCGGGCACCGUGGCACGGUGGUUGUGCUGAUUAGAGUGAGUGUGCAAACAUGCCACGACUGGUGUGAUGUUCCGUGGUGCUAGAAGUGUCGAAAAAAGUAAAUAAAAAAAAAAGUAGAUAGCUAGCAAAAGAAAUAAAUACAAUCGCACAUCAAGUGCUGUUUGCUGUGCUUGACGCGCGGGUGUGCGAUGUACGGUGGCGCGGUGUGGCGGUGCCUGGCGGGGCAGAAUUGAUAAGAAGUGUAAACAUCGCGAGUUUCUACGGCGCGCGAGGCUCUCGCGUGCGAUUUUCCUUCCCUCGUGCUGCGGCGUGUGUCGUGCCCUGCGUUUGAAAUCGAGCAUCGAGGGUAAUUGCAGUGCGCGUGUGUGAGUGUAGAAGCAUCUUGUGAACUUGACCGGAAGAUAGCAGAAUCGAUCUCUCCCCGUCCGAAGGCAUAUUAUGCUGGUAUUGAUGUGGUGAAUGGUUGCAUUUGAGUGUAUGUGUGAUGUGUGAAGAGGCCUGAUGUGAAAAGCAAGAGAUAAAAAAAUAACAGGAAGCCGUACGUCGACAGGUGGACAACGUUAAUUUACACGCGUACAUUUGUCUUAGUUCAAGAUGGCUACUUCACCGGCAAAGAAUCCUCUCCCUGUCAUCUCGCUAAACAGUGCGAAUUUCAAUGAUUGUAAGGAUCUUGACUCGAUCACCUUCGUAGAUACCGUCGCAUCCUUUGCUUUCGCAACUUGCUACCGUCCGACCAGCGAUGACAUCGACAACGAUCGCACCGAUUGCACCGACAGCGCCAACGCUGGUCGCUCCCUCUACCCCAGCCGUCCUGCCGUCUUCGUGCCGUUCUGCCGUGCCGGUGGUUACAAUUCGCAGUGCUGAGCUGCCGAAUACCGGCGACGGUACGGGUGGUACAAACGCCGGUGCCGGUGGUCGUUUGAUACGCAGGAAGGAGUUUCUGGGCGAGUCCAAUCGUACCACAUCGCUAAAGACACUGUCGUGUGAUUUGAGUGAGAUUCUGGUGAAAAAUCUAAGCCUGAGACGCAGCGAAACGUCCGAACGGCGCCCACACGCCGACACACUCGAGCAGCUCGAGCCAGCGACGUCAUCGGGACCGGUGGUGCAGCAGCACCCACAGUGCAUCGGCACUGAAGGAAGUGGUACUAUCGACGGUCGUGUUAGUAGUAGUGGUAGUGGUGCCGCUAGUGGUGACAGUCGCGCACAAACCACCCUGUGCGAUACGUUCACUUCGGUGAACAAACUCAUACGGUUGAAGCGCGUUUCGAGCGAUGGUAACAAUCUGAGCCGGCUGUCAACGGUAGUCACGACCACGAAUGCCAGCGGUGGCUGUGGGGGAGGACCUGGUGGUGGUGCUGGUGCGAACUAUACCAAGAUCUUAGAACCUGAUCCGGGCAAACCGCCGCCGCCGUCCGGCUCGUUCAAGCGGGUGGAGAUAAGUGUGUGCGAACGAACGCCCAGUGUGACACAGUGUGGUGAUCAUGGUCCAGACCGUCAACCGCCAGUGAGUGAAUCCGAGUCGGAAAGUGGGGAAGAGUGUGCAAAUAACGAAUAUCCGAAGCAAAGGGCAGCAGCGCCAGUGCACAAAAGUGUCAUCGUGAACCAGCUCGAUCAAGUGGACGAGCACUGCCCGCUGCUAGCCGUGAACGAAGAUGGCCGUGCGCCAACCGCACUAGCACUUCAGAAAAAGAAAGCGACCCUGGUGUUUACCAGAAAGAAGAUUCCAGAAGCAGCGGCGACCGUUCGCCGUUCCAGUGAGCGUGAUUUAACGUCACCUGGCGUUGGUGCGUCAUCGUGUAGUGCAUCGAAAGUGCUUGUGCGCCGUCGUGUGCGACUCAGUGGCGAUUGGUUGGGCAGAAGUGUGGAUAACGGUGAGAAAGUCGAAUUUAAAAGGCGCAGCUUACAGUGGCCCAUCGGUUUAACGUCCGGUGAUAGCAGAACGACGACACAGCUGGCCGACCUCGUCGAAGGAAAUCGGCGGGGCGGCGCAGAUACUGCGAACAAGUUUCGUCACUCCUGGAACGCACCAGGAUACGACAUACUCGAGGAAGACUCGGGAGUCGAACGAAGGGGUGGAGAUUUUGGGAAGGACUUUGCCUCUAUCAUUCACAACCUGGCUGGGCUAAGGAAUCACCACCUUGCGAAUGGGACGCAUGAGUCCGUGUCCCUGCUCGAGCAGCACUCGCCUCAGAUUGUCCCGACGCGGGCAGCGCGCCCGACCUCGCUCGGAGGCUCCGGGCAGGGGCUUCGGCGGGGUCCAGCGAGCUGGAUCCAGUCGUCCCCGAUGGUGCCCUCGAGUGGGGUCGCCGGUACGGGUGCUGGAGCUGGACCGGGCGGCGGUGGCGUCGGGGGCACCGGUGGCAAUGGGGAAGGCAGCCCGCACACCGGGUCGUUGACCGGUCCGGUGCCUCGCAAACGGCGCUUUGAAGCAUUUCUCAAGAAUCUCGUCGGCCGGCGACCGUCGAAAGAGCCUCCACCGGCAGCUCCUCCACCACCGCCCCCGCCACUGCUCAGCUCGCCCGAAAUCAAGAUCAGCAAAAGCCCGUCCGAGCACAAUCUGGCAGACAUAGCGCGCAGCCGGCUGAACAUCUCCACCACCUCGCUGUCGUCCGUGCACCAGCGGCUGUGGUCGGUGGUCCCGCUGCUGAAGCGCGAUGUCAGCUGCAACAGCCUCGCUUCGCCCAAGACGACGCCCCUGCUGCUGGACAGCCACAUGGCGUCGUCCGGCGAGGGUGGUGGCGGCGGCCCGGGGCUGCUCACUCUCGGCGGCCUCAAGGCGGGUGCUGCCGGCGGUCCCCGCGGUCUGCGGAAGUGUGAAACCGUGCUGGCACUGACGAACGCCACCUCCCAAACGCUGGAACCGAUCCGGCCGCUCAACCGGCUACGUAACUGUGCGUCCGUAGCCACCUGCUCCCGUUGUUCUAGUCUACUGUCACUGGCCGCGGCCGGUUCGCGCUACUCGCUCAACGCAUCCAAUGGUGCGUUCGUGCCCGUGUCCGCGACCGAGGCACACGAACCGACCGAAGUGCCGAAAAACCCGAAAAAGGGCUCCCUCGACGGUGGCUCGAAGCGGAAGUACGUCGGCAACCUGCUGCGGCUCACGACGACCAGCUGCUCCUCCUCCAGUUCGUCCUCGGGCGCUUCGUCGCCCAGCUCGUCGUCCACGCCGUCCUCGUCCUCGUCCGGGGCUUCCUCGCCCAGCCCCAACUCGGCGACGGGCAGUCCGGCCGGUGCGUCCGUCUCGUCCAAAACCGUUAUGUUUUCCCCUAGUCCCACGCAGCUGGUACCGGUAUCGCCGAUCAACAGCCACUCCGCAACGACGACGACGACAACGACGAAGGCCUUAACGCCUACGAUUAAGUUCACCUGCAAACUGUGCCUUGGCGAGUUCAGUGCCGAGAACCUGACCCGCAUCACGCAGUGUGCUUGCUCGUUCUGCACCGAGUGCAUGACGGCCUACAUCGAGUUUGAAAUUUCCGAAGGUGCGUACGAGGUGUCCUGUCCGGAUGCGAUGUGUCCCGCGCAGGGUAUCAUAACGAUCGCGGAAAUAACGGCGCUAGCGUCAUCUUCCCUGGUGGAGAAGCACCACCGUUAUCGACUGAAUAGAGAGGUAGAACUGGACCGAUUCCGAACCUGGUGCCCGAAAGCGGGCUGCGAAACGAUCUGUCUCGUUGGGCCGAGGGAGCAGCAGGCAGGCGACCAGGCCGGAGCAAACCAAACAGGCUCCUCGAUCUGCUCCGACCGUAUCGUGCCACUGUCGCCAUCGUCCUCCAGCAUGCCGUCGCCGUGCGCCGUGCACUGUCCCACGUGUCGGGAGGACUUCUGUUCCGGCUGUAAGAAGGCGUGGCAUCCAACGAUGUCGUGCGAGGAAAAUUCGCGCCGCCUCGCGGUGGAUGGCCAAACGGACGCGUUGGGCAUCCCGUUCGACAAUGAUCUCAUCAAGUGCUGCCCGAUGUGCACCGUGCCGAUCGAGAAGGACGAGGGCUGCGCGCAGAUGAUGUGCAAACGGUGCAAGCACGUCUUCUGCUGGUACUGUCUCGCCAGUCUGGACGACGACUUCCUGCUCCGGCACUACGAUAAGGGCCCGUGCAAGAACAAGCUGGGCCAUUCGCGCGCUUCGGUCGUGUGGCACCGGGCCCAGGUGAUCGGGAUCUUUGCCGGGUUCGGCAUACUGUUGCUGGUGGCGUCGCCGCUGCUCCUGCUCGCCGCACCCUGCAUAGUGUGCUGCAAGUGUCGCAUCUGUAGCGGCGCCGCCAAGCUGGAGGAGACCGAGGUGGACUACGACGAUGCAGCCGUCGCCCUGCACAGCAGCACUGGGCCGCAGCGAUAAAGGGUCUACGAGUCGGCACCAUCGACCGAGAGGACAUUUUGGAGCACGGUGAAGCCGACACCUGCGGCAGCCGUCUUAGGAGUAGAGGGUUCGCGUUCGGUUUCCGUUUUGCGCGCUUCCGAGGGACAGGCGAACCGUGUGGUUUCGAUUCGCCGUCCUCACAGUAGCUACAGAGCUGAAGGGAAGAGACUUCAGGACUUCUUGCUUACGGGUUACACACACAAGUAGAAAACCACACUGUACACAUACACACAUACACACCGUGGUGGUGAUGUUUUAAACCGUGGGCUCCUAGCAGGCAGCCACGUGCGAACGCAGUAGGCUGUUUUUUCUUAUUCUGUCGCUUCACGUCAGUAUUGUGGACUACUUUCCUUUCCAUUGUUUCUUUACAUUUGUAAAGCGUUUAGGUGAGGGAAGAAAGAGAAAAAAGUCGUUCGAUGCACAUCGUACACGGUCCGGUUUUCCCCUAGUUUGUUUGUCUUUGGGUUUAGUUCCACAUCCGACUUGAUGUGCUUACCGUACGUUCUGCGAUACAUUUCGGCCGUAUUUGCGCAUAGAGUAGAUAGAAAAGAUUGGUAAAACCCCCGUUCCGUCUGAACAGAGCAUUCCAGAACGUGCGAAUGGUGAAAUUCGGGAAUCGAACACGGGUGCUGCUUACGCGUCUACGCGGGGAAACAACGCGCGUAUUUCGUUUACUUUGCUAGAAAAUUAAACUCCGGCACCAUCGCUUCAUUGAUGGUGUGCAUAUUUAAAAGAAACAUAUAUAAGAAACAAAUAUAUAUAUACAAACAUAUAUCUAUAUACAGAGAAUACAAAACACACACACACAUUAACCAUACGAACGUGAGCGCAAACAGUGCAAGCCCGCGCAUACAUUAAUUAAAGUGAGUAAUAAAAGAAUUGUGAUAUUUACACACGUGUGAUUGGUUUGCAAUUGGCAUGCGACGCGUUUCGCCCAAUCGCUCUGCGUACUGGGUCAUGUCCCACGUGCUACAACGACUCCAUGCGACUGCCUGCGUGGUAUACUGUGUAGUGUAUAUCCUUUCCUCUCCCUGACCUCUUACCACCCCCCUCCAAUCUGAAGCUAGCCAACUUCAUGCAUACACAUAAUCGCUUCGCAACGUUGUACUUAUGCUGUGCGUAUAUAACCGCUGCAAACCUAACUCCUACUCCUCCUCCCCAAACCCAUGUCCUUUUACCGUCGUAAUUUUUAUUCUCUCUGUCUCUGAGUGUGUGUGAGUGUGUGAUGGGAGCAAAAGAUCGAAGCCGAUUUUAGUAAAAUAAACUAAGCUAGUUUACUGCAAACAAUUGCAAGCUUGCACUCUGCGGUGCACGAUCGCGAAAUACAAACAUAAACACACAUACAACACACAAAAUGUGGAAGAAAUUUAAACGUAAAUAAAAAAAAAACCCUGUUUGUAGUUAAAUUAUUCAAUUUUACCGAUUAGUAAACGAAUCGCAAAUGUAAGCAAGUGUGCGGUGGGUGCGUGUUGUACAAAAACAAACAAAAAACAGGAACGAGGAAUUGUUUGUUUAGUCGUCGUCCUUCCCUCCCAUCCCAAUAUACUUCCACCCAUUUCUUCGUACUUAUAAGCAUAGGGAAGUUUAGAGAAAACGUGCGAAUGGGGUUGCAUUAGAAACCUUAAUUCUUGGUGUGUUUUAUGUACGUCUAAAUAUGUUUAUAUGUGUAUGUGUGUGUGUGUGUGAGUUUGUGCAAUUUGGCAGAAAGAUGAAUUAGAGGCGGACUCCACAACAACAGCUUUGCAGUUUUAAUGCAAUUAGACAACAUUGUUGUCCACAAUUGUACACAUUUUGUUUAAAUCGCAUGAUCGCGUGCAAGUUAAAUAAACAAAAAAAUCCACUUACACACGCACACACACACACACACACGCAUACACAAGAACAGGAAAAAGGAAACCGUUUGCCGGGCAAAGCACGCAAGAAACAUUCUAUCGAACGAUCUGGUGAUAAUUUUUAAUUAUGUUUUAGUCGAUCGAAAUUCAAAUCUAACUGUUAAUAAACUGUACUCAAAGUAAGA